AUGAUUGUCCGGAAGUUUCUUGUGCGGCAGGGCCGCCAAUUGUUCGCUCUGAACCGCCAGGCCCCGGCCUUCAUCCGAUCCCUCUCCUCAGAGAUUCCAAACGAGACAUCUAUUCAGACUCCCUCCGCAGGGACAGCCCAGCUCGCCCGGAACCCUGUUGAUGGAAAUCUUCAGCCUUCAAGCAAUUCUUCCACAUCUUCACCUCGAAAUCAAUGGGGUGAACUGGAGCGACGCAGGCACAAAUUCAACACUCUUGGAUCUGCCGUACAAGAGUCCUACGAUCCUGAAGACGUCCUUCGUAAUCCUCCCAGCCCCUCCGAUGUUACCCUCGAGAUGCUGCUUGCCGCCGGCACACACAUGGGUCACUCAACAUCGCGAUGGAACCCGCAGAACUCGCGCUACAUCUUCGGUAUCCGCGAGGGCAUCCAUAUCAUCUCGCUCGACGUGACAGCCGCGUACUUGCGCCGCGCUGCCAAGGUCGUUGAAGAGGUCGCCGCUCGUGGUGGUAUCAUCCUCUUCGCUGGUACUCGCAAGGGACAGAAGCGGUCUGUCGUUCGCGCUGCGGAGCUUGCCAAAGGUUACCACAUCUUUGAGCGUUGGAUCCCAGGCUCCCUGACCAACGGCCAGCAGAUUCUCGGACACUGCCAGACCAAGGUCGUCAAUGCUAUGGACCAGGAAUUGACCAAGUUUCGUGUUGACCUUGCGGAUCGCCCUUCCGUCAAGCCAGACCUGGUGAUCGUGUUGAACCCUCUUGAGAACGUUGUGCUGCUGCACGAAUGUGGCCUGAACAAUGUGCCCACAAUUGGUAUCAUCGAUACCGAUGCUGACCCUACUCGCGUCACCUACCCCAUCCCCGCCAACGACGACACUCUCCGGGGCACGAACCUGAUUGCUGGCGUUCUCGGACGCGCCGGCGAAGCUGGCCAGGAACGUCGUUUGAAGAUUGCACGUGAAGGAAAGACGACAUAUGAGCCCAUUACGUCCCGUCAACUCCGUCUGGAUCCUCUUACGGGUACAGCUCCUCCUGGCUCGGAGUUAGAAAAGGGUAACCGGGAUUAG